AGGCAGAGAAGGCAGCAGCAGGCAGGACUGCCACCCUCCCAUGCAAAUCACCCCCGGGAGUGCAGCUGGGCUCCUCCCGCUCCUCCUGGGCAAUGCUCCUGGGGAGUCUGUGGGGAAGAUGCCAUCCAGGGCGCUGUGCGCUCUUCCUCAUCCUCGCCCUCCUGCUGGACGCGGUCGGCCUGGUCCUUUUGCUGCUGGGAAUCUUGGCCCCCCUGAGUUCCUGGGACUUCUUCAUCUACACAGGUGCCCUGAUCCUGGCUUUCAGCCUACUGCUCUGGAUCAUCUGGUAUUCCCUCAACAUUGAGGUGUCUCCUGAAAAACUGGACCUGUAGUUUGGCCAUGGGAAGAGGAGAAGAGACGCAGGUGCUGUAUGCAGACAUGUCUGUGAACCUGGGGCUCUUGGGCAGCAACACGUUGCAGCUUCC